GGACCGUACCGUGAGCGUGUGUGUGUGUGCUGCUUUGAAUACAGAGACGAGGAACAUACUUGUGUAGCAUCAUCUUCUUCUUCAUCAUCAUCAUCCCUGCUAGUAGAAGACAAAGAACGCUGCUGUAUUAUGAGUGAGCUGAAGAUCCGAGUGCGGACUCGACUGCGAAAACUGACCGACACCGACCAGGUUAUUCUACCAGACCGCCACCCUACUCGGACCAACCGGCGCGACCAGCAGGCCGACGAGUUUAUACGCCCAGUUUAUAAAAACAGAGUGACCAUCGAGUUGUGUCCGGACGAUUUCCAUAUAAUGCAGAAGGACAAUCUCGAGGAUGUCAUCGACGUUGAGAUUUCAGACGACGAGGUGAUGAUGGACGAAGAGGAGUCGGACACUUUUGAGGGGUUUGACUCCUCCCCUAUGAGUGCCUCCUCCCAGUCGGACUCCCUGAACAACGCCAUUUCCUCUCCCAUCAACAUCCCGGGAAACUCUGGCCACGCCCCGCGGGCGCAGCGCCCAAGCUCAGGAGGAACGCCACCCCAGUGCCCGGGUUAUAUCGGGCGAAUGUUCCUCGGUGCCCAGAGUGACUCCGGUUCCCCAUUAUCGUCUGGCUAUGGCUCGGCCUCUAGGUUCUUCCACUCCACCUCGACACAAACCCCAUCAACUCUCGUGUUUUGCGAGACAUUAAUACGUCUGCGAAUCUCAAGUUUCUCUGGUGACGAGAGACAACAGGCCACAAGGCGGCUGCGGAUACAACCCCAAGAACGUAGAGUACGAAACCGAGCUUACUCGGAGAACAACAGUGAUGACUUAAGAGAAGAGGAGGCAGAGGCCGAAGAUUCGGGAGCCUCUUCAAGAAUGCCACUCCCGGAUGUGGUGGCGUUUCGGGAUCGUUCCAACUCAGCCCCGACCAACCUGAUGCGACCGGAGAUAAGCGUCGGCCGAGAGCUGCGUAGAAUAAGUGAUGAGUUCCACUUGACGUACCACGACCGACAGAUGCUUCGAGCCCGACGGCAACAGAAUUUUCUCCAGCGACUCCAGGCCAUACUGCAGUUGCAUAGCCAUCAUCAACCACGCCAUGAUCGCCAUGACGGCAGUCCAGUCUGAUCAACCAACCAGACUGGCACAAAGUACCAGUGAAUGCCAUGUCCAUGGCUUCACCCCCUGAAAUGCUGCAUUUACGUGUGAUGUCCUGGACUAGCUGGCAGUUCUCGCAAUUUAUUUUAAAACAUUGUUGACAGCUCAAUGCGAUGAGGAGGAAAAGUUGCCCCGAAACUUUUAACGUGGAGGACGGUGGAGACAUUCUCGAAUGCCUUUUAUUGGAUAAGAACCGAACUUUUUCACCGAGAAAUCCUGCCAGGGUUCCAGGAAAAACAAUGCUGUGUGGUUCCAGGUGAGCCAUCAACGAGAAAUAUCAACUAAAUUACGCAGGACAUUUGUUUCCUAAAAAGUGUGUGCACUUGAAAAAAACUUUAAACUUAACGUGUACAGGGACGCUUCUUUAUACCUUUUUGCUACAAUGAGUUGGAACGACUCUUUGUACAACUACUUUCGACCAAGGACAGUUUAUACUUGAAAGACAAGAACACUGAGAAACUGUGCAUGAUUUUUUGUCCAUUCUAGCUGCAAUAAGACACUGAAAACUCUUUGUGUGCUACAAAAAAAAAAGCAAAAUGCCAGUUGGAAUUCCCAGGACUUCUCUUCUGAUUGUGAUAAGUGGAGCAGUGUUUGUUGGAAGCGUAAUGUUUAAGUGAGUAUCGACAUUUGUGUCUGAUCUGCUGAUGGUCAGGCGUGCAGAAGGGUUGUCAAGUCAUAUAAAGACAAGGGUUCAAGUUAUUUAAGUCAAGACCUAACCAAGCUACAAGAAGGCCAACCUACUCGGUUCCCAUUUCAAUGAUUGGGGUUGCAUAAAUACAAAAAGUUUACAUUCUCUUACCCCCACCACCAUCAUCCCCCCACACCCCACCCCCACAACUUCUUCCAUUUCCCUUGUCAAUAUAAUACGCUAGAUGUUUGUACAGAAAAUGUUUCACUUUGACUGUUUUUGAUGUUAAGUAGUUGUCGUUACGGUUUAAAGCAGUGCUUGAAUCACUGUUAUAAUACCUCCUAUCAGACACAGUGUUUUAUUGAAAAGCUGUGCGAUAUACCAGUAUAAUUGCUACUAUCCCUAUUUAAAUGUGCUUUCUCAGAAGCUACCUCAAUUAUUGAUAAAGCAUUUGUAAAGCCAUGCGCUAAACUAAAAGAUGUCUGCAGUUAACCACUGACCAGUAUUAAUCUAUUAUGCAAUGUUUGUAUACUGCGAAGUCUGUGGUAGUGACAGUUGCACAAUAUAUAGCUUGGUGUUUUUGGUAUGCACCUUUUUAAUACGAAGUGGCAGGCAGUGUACCGUAAUCAUUGAGGAAUGGUUUAUUUUCCCUCUUGGAUGGAAAGACCAAAACAUUUGCUGUCCAUCUUGUGCCAUGCUUUGUUUUCUUCAUGUGCGACCAUGCCCUCCUCUUACUUACUCGCAAACUUUGUACACUUUUGUCUGUGAACAAAGUUUAGUGGUCGAUGAACGAAGUACAGUGGAUGAUGAACAAUGUCGCAGUGUUUUCCUUAAGACAGUGGUGCACAGGACAAAAUGUCAAUUAAACUUCUGAGGACCAGUCAAAAUUCUUGUGGUCAAGCCAGCCACAUUGGUCUCCUGGCCCAGAAUGCCCAUAUGCUUUCAAAGUCAAGUCCCUUACAAAUGACAAUGUUGAAAGAAAACCUUUGAAAUGGACACAUGCAUAUACAAAGCUGCCGACUUGUGUAAUGACAAACUCCCUGAUCUGGCUGGCUAGUCACUAAACAAGUAAAAGGUAAACCCUUUGGAUUUCCCAACUAGCAUCAAUUAUUACCAACUGACACAAUUUAACAUCACUUUCUACACACUCUACUGGUCAGGAAAUAACAAUACAGCUCCUGUAUCACCCCCAAAACCCAUGCACACUUUAAAUUGAAUUUAAUGUAAAGGAAAGCUCAAAUGUUUGUAAUAUACAAGUAAAAUAACUACUUAGAGUAAAAAUGCCCAUGGAAACUUAUAGUAAUUUAAUUAUGAAUAGUAAGCAUAAAAGUGUUAAAGGAAAUCAAGCUACUCUUGGUUUUUAUUUAUUAUUUGUUAACUUGAUCCAAAGUCAAGUUGAAAGCCUGUACAUGUUUGCUUUUGUUUUAUUUUCACAAAGGGAAAUUACAAUACUGGUAUUUCCAACACUGACAAUUAUUUUAAAAAUCAAGGAGAUCAUCUCACUUUGCAUUAAAAGAGAACUUUACUGUAAUGUGAUGCGAUGUUAUACAAGUGUUAUAAACUUUCCAACAGUUUCAAACAAUUUAAUUAAAUGCUUCCCUGCAUUUACAAUUUUUGGGAACUUUUAUUUUGAAAAGGCAGAGGCUUGAAGGCAAGUACACUUUUGGCUAUCUUUGUCAGGUUACCUGUAUAAUGGUUUAAUUUCACAUUUCCUAUAGAGGAGCCAGACUAUUAUCCGGCCUUGAUGUCACUUCAUUGCAUUGAAAGGUGGGCAAAAAACAAGAUGGCCGCACCAUUCAAAAUGUGCAUUUCUAAAAGAAAUACCAGUGUUGUAUUUUUCAUCAAAUACUAGAAAUUAUCAAGCUAAUAGACUUUAAACAAGCCUUUGUCGUGAAUACACCACCAUUUUUAGACAGAAAAUGCGAAAGUCAUUUUUUGGUACAUUGGUUUGUAUGAGAGACUAGCCAAAAUGGCUGCACUAUGAUAAAAGAUCCAUACGCAUGAAUAUCUGGUAGACUGUAGCUGUAAUUCUGUGUCAAAAAAAAACUCACAAGCUUUGUGACAUAUAAUUCCGCAGUGUUGCCUUAUUGACAUUUAUUUUCCAAAGAUUAUCCAAACAAUUUUUGUUUAUAAAGAAGUAGUUAAAUAUUUUUUCCCGAUAUGGUUUUUAUUAGUUUUAUUAUAAUAUUUUCUUUUUUCUUUUUAACAAUUUCCAACAAAGCUUGCAAAUAUUCAAAUUGAUUUGUUUUUUUUAAUUUAUUGCCAAUUACUUUAAAGUACUUGUAGUCAGUACUGUGUACAUUGUUCAUUUGAAGUGAGUACAAUUUCCCCCCCCCCCCAAAAAAAAAAAAACAUGGUCAACAGGAAUUGAAAUAUGAAACAAUGAAUUGCCACCCAGCUGAAUUACAUGUUUGCCAUUCAAAUUAAGUGGCUGGGGGGGGGGGGGGGGGGGGGCUGUCAAAUCACAUAGUGCAGAGUUGUUCCCUUGCAUUAGAGCACCAUUACUAUCAGUGUACUCCAUGGCUGGCUCUGUCCACAAAAUAAAUUCCCCCAGAAACCUGGAGACUUUCAAGUCCACAGUAUCAAGGGUUUCAUGUAAUACCAGUUGUACAAACACAUGCUAGCCCGGAAGAUAUGUGCCCAAUUUCAUAAAAUUAAUAAGCAGGAAAUACUUCUUGACGAAUUUCUUUGCUAAGCAAAAAUUGCCACCAGAUGCAACGAUGUUAACUUAAUGUAGUUUUGGCUGGUAUCCUGUUUCUGCGAAGCAAUACUAUGUUGUGCUUAGUAAGUUUCUGAGAUUACAGACUUUAUGAGGUUGUGCCCUGGUACUUUGUGGCAGUGUAUAGCACCUGGGUGUUGUGGCAGUGUGAGGCAAUAUCUAGGAAGUGAUUGAAUAAUGAUUGGAUUCAUUUGUUUCUUGCCAAUUAGCAAUGACAACUGGGAGUCAAUAGAGGAAUUCCUGCGACAUGACUUACCAAAGACUUGAACAACAAAGUUUUUUUGUUUUUUUUUAAAUUAAGAUUUUCAGUACUUUUUCAAUGAGCUUGAGGGUGUGGGACAAAAACAAUGCAGAGGGAAGAAAGAGAUAAAGUGCAAAGUGUAUUUACAUGUAGGUUAUUUAUUUCCAUGCUAUUUAUUGUAUUUAUUACAUAUAUUGUUUUUUUUUGAAUAGGCUGAGAGUCUGCAAAGGUGCUAUAUUGUGUUUACAUAAUUUAAGAACGCUGGCGUUUUGGGGAAGUCCCGUUGAACGUAACUGUUUCCAAGUUUGGCAUUGGUAUUGUUUUUCUUAUAAUUUUGGUUAUUUAUUAUUUGGUUUUCUGACUCUUUGGUCAAACAGGGCACAUUUUACUCACAUUCACUUUAUAGACAACAUUCCAAUUGGAACAGUUUCCGGAUAAUUUGUCUCUUUAGAAGAAAAAGGAAAAGUUUUAACACUGACGGAGUAGAAGUUAUUUGGUACGGUUUAGUCAGAAACAAGAAAUUUUGUAAAAAUGUCAGACCUACUACAGCCCUUGACCAGGCUACUUAGCCAUAGAAGUCAGGUACCAUGCACCAGUACACAUGUACCUGAUUCCAUUGAGGCAAGGUGCCAUACUAUUUCUUUACCAGCCUCAGUAUGGCACCAUUGGUUUUCAAAAGGAAAGAGACAAGAUGGCUUCAUGCCUAAGCCAUCUCUGUUUUGUUUAAAUCGUACUGAGCACUGAACAGUCAUUUGGUAGGGAACCGGACUGUAAUUGAAUGGCCAGCCUAGUUUUCAUAAAUAUCAGUAUGAGAUGAAAAGUUUUGUAGGUGGAGGAAUGGGGGGGGGGGGGCGGGCGGUAAUACGGAAUGGAAUGGUCGAUCAGUAGAGUUUGAUGCAACAUUCCAACUGAUUGGUGCUGUUUGUUUGAAUUGGGUGUUUUUCUAUCAUUAAAGCUAAUAUACCACAGUGUAAGGAUUCAUUUGGGCAUUAUGCUAUACUAGAUGGACAACAUGGAUGUAAGGGAUAUUAAGUUAACCAAUGAUAUGCCAUUCCAGUAUUAGGUGUUGGCUAAACUUAGAUAUUCGGAUCAGUAUAAUGGCUUAGUGUGUAAAACUUACUUAAAAGUAAAGAGAUGGCACUGGUUCACUAAGUUUUCUAAAAACAUACAGUGGUUGUGACCAGCCGAGUUGUGACUGACUUUACUUCUGAGCUGGGCGGGGGUGAUUGUGAGCUCAUUUCAACUUUGAAAUUUUGGAUUUAGGAAGUCGUGAAAUCCUGUUUGGAAAGUUCAUCUGCUUUUUCACUGUGAGUGAAAAGGCAGAAGCUAGCCUGUAGUCAAGGUGGGCGGUAACCUGUUGUACACAUCGUGUAUAGUAGAGAAAUCAAAACAAGACGCAACAAGCUAUUGUGCACCUUGAGGAAAGACUACAACUAAUGCUGUCCCUUGCUUUGUACCUAACAACUUACUAAAGAGAACUCUUGAUUGUAAACAAAAAUGUUGGCAUCUGAAGGUUUGGAUGAAUGGCUUUGAGAUGUCAAGUAAAAUUUGGCUCUCUUUACGUAUGUCAUACUAAUUAUUUCUGACCCAACAAUCCUGCUAAGGUCUAAAUUGUUUGUAUUUUCUUUGUUUUGGUUUUAAUUACUGAGACUUUGGCUAAGUCAGCCUAAUUUUGACAAUGAAAAGAGAGACUAGAUUAUUGCCAAAUAUGUAAUUUAUGCACAGUUGUCUGUACAGAAAUUUAUACAUUUUGUAAUAUAAUAACUUUAAAAAGAAAAGUAGAAUGCUACUUUAAAACAAUUGUAGGUAUUUUGUAAAGUAUAAAUUAUUUUAUUUUAAAGCUUGGUCUAUAUACAAUCUUGUACAGUUGGGGGAAAGUUGAUGAUUGAAAUCACUCAAGGAAUUCAGUGACAAAAAUAAAUGAUUAUGUUGCUUAGAGUUAAGACUCUACAAUCAACGCUUUUUGUUUUGCCCGAAACAAUCCAGUUAUUAUGUCUUUUUUUUUUUUUCAAAUUGAAGAAGCCAAUGAACUUUUUUAUUUGCAUGUUGUUUUGUUUCUAGUUUUUAUGCCUUUUUCCAAAAACUUGUUUUCCCUUACAAAUUAAAAUGGUGCGUUACAAUGUUUGCACAGACCCAAAACGCAGGUCAAGUUUUUGGAGGGGUACAUUUGGUUUCUAGGGGGUGCUUAUAAUAAGAGGACAGUUUUUCAUUUAACAUACAGACAAAUGUGUGAUUUCAAUUUUGAAGAUCAACGAUCAACCAUUAAUAGGCCAUAUGGACCUUUCUUUUGCAAUGUUAUAGGCGCAAGUUUUACCAGCCAUUAGUUGGUAAAAGUAAUGACAGCAUCACUGACGAAAAUUCAAUAAUUUGUCAUUUAAUACCAUGAUGCUUUCAAAUUACCCAUCUUACUAAAUAAAUAAGAAAUCCAUUGUGUCAGCCGAAACGUUCAUAAAACGGGGCUUUCAAGUGUUGUAUGAAAAAGGCAGAUGUGUGCCAACCUCAGAUGGCAAAACUUGGGAUGUGAUGUUGCAAAAGAAAGGUCAUGUACCCUGUAUACACCAUGAUAAAUACAGUAGAUGGUCUUAUUUUAGUAGAAUGAGACUGACUAUUUUCUUUCGGUUUUGUUUUUAAACAUAGGGCAAAAAUCUAAAGGGGGAAAAAAAGUAGAGUUUGAUCAUGACAAACGGAUAUUCAUUCAUUACUUUUGAAAAAUUCUUUUUAGGAAGAUUGGCCUAGUUUUUUUUCAAGAACUUGCCUUCUCAACCAAAGCAAGCAGAUUGUUUGUAAAUGACCUUCAAGUGUCUCUGUAGUUUUUUCUUACAUGUACAGAUUUUUUACUCGUUUUUUUUUUGAGGGACUUUUGAAUGUGCUUCCUGCUGAAUACUUUAAUUGAUGAUGAACGAGGAAACAAUUUUUUGUCAAAACAGAGACUGAUAGUAGACGUCGAAAACAAAACAAAAACAUCGACUUGCGAACACUGAAAUUUUGUGUCAAAUUUUUGACCACAUAUUUGGACAAGUGACCAUUAUGUGACUGUUUGUAUUUGUACUUUUGACUUAAUGAAUAUACAAUUCUCGAAGUGCAUUGUGUAUACAUUUCAGAUGGUUGGAAGAUGGACGUUUGAAGUAGUUGUUUGGCCUCGAGGCCUGAAAAAUGGGUCAAUUUCAGUGAGCUGCUUAAGCAGAAAAAUUGCUUGACAUUAUUCUGCUUAGCAAAACUCAGCUAUAUACCAGUCACACUUUGUACACAUAGAAUGGUGUUUGGACUGGUUUCCUAUUUCUGGUAGCCUAAGCAAAUUUUGAUUGGUGCUGAGCAACUUUUUAUGGUCAAGCAGCUCUAUGAAAUUGGGCCCUGUUUUAUAGUCGUGUGUUGAUGAAAUUUGAAGAGAGUUUAUUGUCGAAAAUCUUUUAUAAAGAAUGCAGUAGUAUAGUGUCAGGAAAGCAACUUCUAUGAUGAAUUAUGUGAUUAGUCAGCAUUGGUUAUAUACUCAAGAAAAAGCUCAUCUCACAUUUUAGUGGACAAUUUGUUUCUGAGGGGCGAUAACGAUUUCAAACAGAAAGUGUCUUCCGUUUGAAAGUUUGCCUUUUCUUGAAUGAAAAUUUACGCAUUUUUUAAUUGGAGUAAACACAAGAUAUUUUUCACAAUUUAAUUAUUUAUUAGGCCUAUUUAUUAGGUGUCCGUGCAAUAAUUAUGCACGGACACCUCUUGGUUUUGUUUAUUUUUUUUGGUAGGGUGGGGAUAAGCACAAAUUGAUAGUUUGUUCUGAAAGUUGUGUGGAUACUUAUAUCUACACUAACAGAUAGACCUUGAAAGAAAAGAUACAGUUUAUUAUAGCGUACAUCAUAAACAUCUAUAAAUUGGUGCAUUCAGUGAAAUUUUGACAAAAACUAAACAACUCUUGUUUGUGAGCAGAAGGUGCAAUCUUUGUUCGAGAAGGGAUGUGAAUGAAUUUGUAUCCGUUAUUUAUGAAUAAUUACGCCAUUGUUACUUAUUUAUUAUCAUGUUUUUAUUGUCGAGUGAGCAUUUUGGAAGUAUGAAGUUUUGAAGGGCCAUUUUGAAGUUGUUGGUAUGUUUUUUUUUAAACAUUAUUAUUGCCAUUUUCGUGGCAAAUUCUGUGUUUUGUCGAGAACGAACGUGGAGAUUUUUUCCCCGAAAUGUUAACAAUUUUGUAAUGAAAUGUACAGCAUUAAUUGAACAUUCUGCGGACAAUUUGGAGUUAAACAAAGACAAGCUUUUGGUUUUUUGUAAUGCAUUUUGUAAAGAUUAAGCACUAGUAAUUGUAAAUUUAUUGUAAAUAUGUUUAAUUAUUCGCAAUAUUUCAUUGAAUUAAAGAAAACAUUAAAAUUCAAUAAUUGAA